UUGUAUUUGAAUGUUACAAUGGACAGCUCAAUUACUCAAGCGAGUAGUGAAGGUAAAACACGGCCCAAUCGACUUUCAUCAAUCAACAUGGAUGACGUACCCGAGCUGAAACCAAGACCAAGCGACGCAGAUUCUGUGGAAAAUCAACAAAACCAACUCGAGGCUGCCUUUGGAAUGGUUUUAGCGAACAUUGGAGAAGACAGGGGUCGCCAAGGCCUUUUGAAAACACCCUCUCGCGCUGCAAAAGCAAUGCUCUUCUUUACUAAAGGAUACGAAGAGACAAUUGAAGAUAUUCUUAAUGAUGCUGUUUUUGAUGAAAAUCACGAUGAACUGGUCAUAGUGAAGGAUAUUGACAUGUUCUCUUUAUGUGAACAUCAUCUAGUACCAUUUAUGGGAAAGGUUCAUAUUGGUUAUUUACCCAACAAGAGAGUUGUAGGACUCAGUAAGCUUGCUAGGAUUGUAGAAAUGUUUAGCCGUCGACUACAAGUUCAAGAACGUCUGACAAAGCAGAUUGCCAUGGCUCUAACUGAAGCUGUCAACCCAGCAGGAGUGGGUGUGGUCAUCGAGGCAACACAUAUGUGUAUGGUCAUGCGUGGAGUACAAAAGCCAAGCAGUAAGACUGUCACCAGUUGCAUGCUGGGGGCACUGAGGGAGGAUCCCAGAUCACGUGACGAGUUCUUGACCCUGAUCAGAGAUAGGGACAGAUAGUUAGUUGUCAAAUGUAAUAGUUCCAUUUUCUGCACCCUUAGUUCUCAACAAGCAUAAUUUCUCAAAUAAUAAUAGGCUACCAAACAGGUAAAUCAUAUUCUCUUUGCUCUAAUGUUCCCAGGCUUUCUCUUCUGGAUCAUGUGUAAUAAAGGCAUCCAUGGUCAAGUGUCGAUCAAUGCCCUUGUAUACCUUUUAUUACAAAAAGUUACCCCUUUCAAGUAACUAAUUAAGAACAUUGCAUCCCUUUUCGAAAGCGUUGGAAUAAAGUUAACAAACAAUACUACGGGAGAACAUCAAGUAUUACCAGAAGAACCGUUCAUGUUAUAUCUAAAGGACAGAUUUCAUACCCUUUCAUGUGCCUCAACUUGUGAAAUCCUUACCCUUUCAUAUACCUGAAGGCUGAAAAAGGUACCCUUUUGGGGGAAGCCUCCCCAUAUAACACAUAGGUCCCCAGGUGUCUGAGCUCUCUUUGAUAGGUGAAUUUGGUGUGUUGAUCAUGCCACAGUUUCAUUUCCAGGACACCAGAGCACCUCAUUUCUGUCGUUUCAUUGAAUCCAGGACAACUAACCUGUGAAAAAUGCCCUUCAUUCAAAAAUAAGCACCAUGUGCCCAUGAGGUGCAUUUUCUAAAUUUAAUCAUUAUUAUCAGUAACCAACCAGUCACAGGUAUGUGUGUGGAUACUUCAUGCAUAAAUUCAACAUUGCAAUAAUUUUUUUUCAACAUUGCAAUAGUUGCAUCCUGACGCUUUAUUACUCUCAUGUUGUUUUGUUUCACCACACAACCCCAUGUGCCUGGUUGCGUGUGAAUGUAAAUGCCUGCAAUAAAGUGCAAGGCAAUUAGCAAUAUUUUUAUUCUUGAAAUGCAUAGAAAUAUACAAUAAAUUAUAUAGAUUGUGUUCAUCCAAAGUGCAUCCUGAUAUUUUCAAAGAUGCCUAACUUUUUGUACAUCAAAAACUAAAACAGUGCAAUCUAUCAACAGUGGUAAAAGAUGCACUCAACAGCCAUUUAUUUUUACUAUGUUGGAAAUAUCUCACAUAUUUUUUAAUGCUUGAGUCAAAAUUCAAAUGGAAAUAUUUGUGGAAUAUUUUACUUAUGUAUUAUUUAUUAUGAGAAUGUAAAAACUAGGCAUGAAUUUGUGGAAAUAAUAUGUUUGUACUUUAUAAUGUUUGUUCAUUAAAUUACAAUAUUUGCUCCAGUAAUGUAAGUCAAAAUAUUAAAGUUUUAAUAAAAUUUCAAUUAAGUAAUAUUUAAAAGUAUUAAAUUCAGUUGUUUUGGAAUGAAAAGGCGUGCAAAAGACAGAAUUCAUUAGCUUUCUGUAUAACUUCUGUGUUAUCUAUCUUUGUUUUUUCUUUUUUUGCUGGGGCGUUCAUGGACAAAGAAACCAAAUUGUUAUACUUUAGAACUAAAUUCAAUAUAUUGUGCUGUAAUGUAAUACAAUAUUGAUAAAUUAAUUUCAACCUUCAUGCUAACUUAAUAAAUCAAAGGGCACAAAUGUAUGUUGUCGUCAUUUCAGUAUUGUAUUCUCCCAGGGGAGGGGUUGGGUACUCUCUUUUAGGCACUGGCUAACAUUUACGCACAACUUGUUUGGGGUUAAUUUAGUUUUGGCAGCACAUAGGGUGUUCCAUGUGAAAUCUUUGCUGUUGUUACAUGUCCCUUACCUGUAUUAUUUUCAUAGUAAGCCCAGGUCUCAGGGGGAGAGGCACCUGUUUGGAUGUUUAGCCUCAAAAGGUCCACAGCAGGAGCUUUUGUGGUACGUUUUAAAAUGUUGAGCUGAAAAAAAUAUG